AUCGAUAGUUGUUGUCAGUGCGCAGCAAUAUCGAUUCAACAGUAUUUGCAAUAAUUUUUAAGAUGCGCGAGUUGUAUACAAAAAUGCAAAAAUCAAAGUGAAAAACUGUUGCCAAAGCGACAACAAACAAUGGAAAUACCGAUACAAGUGGCUGUACGCAUAUAUCCCCACGCAGAACUUGAACACAAGCCGGAGUAUAUAGCGCCGGAGGAUGGCGAUGCAGAAGCAGACAAACCGCAAUCAAAGCCGUCUUCCCCAAACCUGAACCCGCCUCUUCCUCCACUUCCGUCACCAUCGCAAUUGACAUUACAAACAACGGCAAUAGACGCUAAUGGCAAUAAUGAGUUAGACGCCAGUCAGUUGAAUACAAAUGAAGUGCCAUCAGAUAUUUGCAAUGCCAGUGGCUGCUGCGUGCAGGCCAUACCAAUCGCUGUAUCGGCGCUGGGGUUGCCGAGCGCACUGCCCGGUGGUGCGGCCCUUGACAGCAUUGCGGCGGGUCUGAUACAGGUGGGUGCUCACACUGUGCCUGUGACACAUGCGCUGCCCAGCAGCACCACACAGAGUCAGGUGUACCACCAGACAGUGUUUCCACUGAUUAGCUUGUUUCUGGAGGGCUUCGAUGCAUCAGUGGUGACAUAUGGGCAACGCAAUACUGGAAAAACCUACACGCUCUAUGGACAUGGCUUCGAGUGUGUCUAUGGCGAGGCGGAUCAGGGCGUGGUACAGCGUUGCGUACGGGAGAUUUUUACCCACAUUGCGGCGCACGCAGAUCGAACAUACGCCGUUAAUGUUGGCUUUGUGGAGAUAUGCAAUGGUGAAAUCCGCGACUUGCUGGGCAUGGGCAAUGUGCACUGCACCACGGUGGAGGAUGUUUUCCAUUGGCUGCAGUUGGGUCUCAGCAAUAAGCAGCAGUCACCCGCACACACACUCUUCACACUGACCCUGGAGCAGCAGUGGGUGUCCAAGGAGGGUCUGAUUCAGCACCGUCUCUCAACGGCUAGCUUCUCAGAUCUGUGCGCCACCGAACGUUGGGGUGAGCCGCCACCAGGACAUCCACGUGACGCCGGAUUGCAGAUGCUGGAACAGGUGGUCAACACUCUGACUGAUCCGAGCAUUAUGUAUGGUGUCAAUGGCAAUAUUCCCUACGGUCAAACCACUUUAACCACUCUGCUGAAAGACUCGUUCGGUGGUCGUGCUCAGACCUUAGUCAUUCUGUGUGUCUCCCCGCUGGAGCAGCAUCUCAGCGAGACACUGGGCAAUCUGCAGUUCGGCUUCAAGGUGCAAUGCGUACGCAACUAUGUCAUUAUGAAUACUUUCUCCGAUGACAAUACUCCUAUAUCGCCGGAGGUAUUGCCGCAUGAUCCAGCAGCAGCUGGCACAGCGGCUCUCAUGGCGGCCGUGGCCAUGCCCAACGGGGACAACUUCGGACUUCAAUUUGCAGCCAGUCAGUGGUUCAAACUGGUGUCCAAUGCAGAGGGACUCUUCGCCAAAUUAAUGAGCUCGAAUGCAAUAACGGAGCUGGAGAAGGAGCAAAUUGAGGAGUGGCUGUUCUUAAAGCAAGAGUGCGAAGAAUGUCUCAGCUCCAGCGAAGCAUUGCGCAACCAAAAGCCGUUAGUGCCCAUCCAGGAGGCGGAGGAGCCAGAGGAGUCUAUCAGUGAGCCGGAAACCUCCUGCCAGCAAAAUUCGGAUAAUGACACCGACAAUGAGUCGCAGCGCCCAGAUCUAGCUGAGAAGCUCGAAAGCCUCAUGGAUGAAUUUCGCACCAAAACGGAUGCGCUCAUUCAAGCCAAGCAUGAGGAAUUUAUGCUCAAGCAGCCCAAAGCGGUCAUGCAGAGCCAGGACAAAGAUCGGGAGCAGACAGCCCAAGAGCCAGCGCCACAGCCUGAAAAGUGCGAUGAGCGAAAGUUUAGCGUGGGAGGUCGUCGGCGCAGCAUACAGCCCGGUGCCAGUUUGAGUAGCGCAGAGCUGGCCAUGCUCAAUCGUGUUGCCUCGCAGCAGACGACGGGCACUGAAUUGCCAGCGGACUUCGAUCCACUCAACAAUGCAGCAGGCGCGAGCGACGGACUGCGUAAUGCGACUGGCGUGGCUGGCGCCAACGGUCCCGUCGAGCAACUGCAGAAGAAGAUGCGAAAGCUGAAUGCCGAGAUCGAGGCUCGACAGCGACAGCUGAAGGAAAUCGAGCAAACGAUGCAGCUCAAGCAGAACAUAAUUAGUGAGCUGGUGAAGAACCGAGAGACGCGCAGCCAUGCCAAGCAGCGCUUUCACAAGAAGAAGGCCAAGCUGGAUGCGGAGUGUGAUAAGGCUAAGAAGCAUCUGGCCAAAGCACUGGUGCAGGGCAAGGAUAAAGCGGAAAUAGAACGGUGGGACGCUAUUAUAGCGCACAUUGAGCAGCGCCUGCAGGAUCUCAGCUCGAUGAAGCACAUUGCCGGCGAGAGUGGUCAGAAGCUAAAGAAACUGCAACAGUCCGUUGCCGAGUCACGCAAACAAAUCGAGGAGGUGCAAAAGAAGCUGAAGAAGGAGUGCAAGCUGCGUGAUCAGCUGGAGGCCGAGCUCAAGAGCUUGAAGGAGGCGACACUAGUCAAAAUGGAACCAAAUCCAGAUCAGCUCAAAGCGGUGCAGGCUCGCAUUACUCACUUGGAUCACAUACUGCGCGAGAAGUCGGAGAAUCUGGAGCACUGGGAUGGCGGCGAAAAGUCCCCCGCACAACAGGAGAGUCUGCGCCACGAGAUACGCAAUCUGAGGCGAACGCGUGACCAUUUGCUGGAGCAACGCUGCAUGCUGGAUCGCAAGCUCAAGCGGGACAAAAUGUUGACGCAGCGCGAAGAGCGAAAGCUGCUCGAGUGCGACGAGGCCAUCAUGGCCAUUGACGAGGCCAUCGAGUUCAAGAACGAGCUCAUUUGCGGUCAAAAGUCCAUCGACUUGUCCACCGAGCGCCAGCAGCGGGAGAAGGGCGAGCAGAUGCUGAUGGCGCGACUCAACAAGCUCUCACCCGAGGAGAUGCGCACGCUGCUCUACAAGUACUUCGUCAAGGUCAUUGAUUUGAGAGACUCGUCGCGAAAGCUUGAGCAGCAGCUGGUGCAGCUGGAGCGCGAGCGUGAUGCCUGGGAGUGGAAGGAGCGCGUGCUCUCCAAUGCGGUGCGCCAGGCACGGCUGGAGGGCGAGCGUAAUGCGGUGCUGCUGCAGCGUCAGCACGAGACAAAGCUGACGCUAAUGCUGCGUCAUCUGGCGGCAGAGACCUCGGCCAGCUCGGCCAGCUAUGGCGAUCGUGCUCUAGCGCCUGCCACCAGCCAGGGCACGAGCAGUGAGUUUGACUACGAUCUCGACUUCUACAAGGCGGCCAGCAAUAAGGCAAUGCUCAAGGCGCAACAGGCGAAACCCACAGCGGCUGGCCUGGACAAGUACAAGGACAAGGAGCGUAGCAGCGGACGCAAUAUCUUUGCCAAGUUCCAGGUGCUCACGCGUUAUGCAUCGGCGGCGGCUGCUGCAGCUGGCUCAUCUUCGACGGCGGACGAGUCCACGGCGCUCAUUGAGACGACAACCACGGCGGCAACCACUACCACCACCACGACCACAACGGCAACCACAAGCGCAUCGGCCAAGGGCAAGGAGAAGGCACUGGCCACCAUCAACCAGGAUCAGCUGAAACGUCUGAUGCCCGCGCCGACAUCCACAAAGGUGACGCGUCAGAAAAACAAGAUCAUCAUACAAGAUGCGACGCGCAAAAACUGAAAGAAAAACAAAAACGUCGACGAAUUUAGUUCUCUCUUUUCUCUGGAGCGUGAGAGAAGCACGCAAUACAGGCGAAAGUCAGCUGAGAGAACAGAUGCAAUGACUGGCGUCGGGAGGCACCUCUCUAUCUCCCACUGCUCUUAUUCUCAAAUACUCAACAUGUACAAUUAUAAUUUAUAAUGACAAGCUCAACCCGAUAUGGAUAGAUAUAUAUAUGUACUGAACGAAUACGUCCACAGACUUGUUUCAAUAGACUUACCAAGGUAUUCAUCUACAUCUAACUUCUGGCGUAUUUAAAUGUCUACAACAACCAUAAAGAUUCCUCGACUGGCAAAUCUAAAGACUUGACAAUUGUUACUUAAAAAUACUCGAAACUCAGCAAUCCCAAAUGGAAAUCGCAAUUAACUCGCUCAAAUUGUUUACUUAAGCACUCGAAUCUCUUGUUUUAUGUACAUAUGAAUAUGAAUAUGUAUUAAUUUUAGUUAUACAAUUUGCAUUUAAGUUAACCUUAUAAGUCGCAAUUACACUAUUUUUGUUUUAAGUUUACUCAUUUUGUUUAGCAUAUUUAAAUGUCUUCCCCAAAUUUGAUUACCCCUAGACCUAGAUAUAUAGAACUUUUGGUAUUCCUUAUCAGCGCAUUUACUCAGUUUCUAUUUAAGAUUACUACCUUUAUGUUAUAAAUAUAUACUAUAUAUUAAAGUCAGUGUUUCUCUAAA